AUGGAUGAGAAGCUGAUAGCGAGGCUAGAAUCAGCGGUGGCGCGAUUGGAAGCGCUGUCGUUGAGGGGUGGGGGUGUGGCUGAGAGUGGCGGAGAUGACGCCGCGGCAACGGAUCCGUCGAUUGUGGCGUUUGAUGAUUUCAUUGGGACAUGCUUUGGUAGGGUUUCGACUGCUGCGGAGAAGAUUGGAGGACAAGUUUUAGAAGUCACGAAGGUUAUAGAACAAGCUCUUAAUGUACAAAAGGAACUUCUCAUUAAAAUCAAGCAAACUCAGAAACCUGAUCUUGCUGGAUUGGCUGAAAUUCUCAAGCCAUUGAAUGAAGUGAUCUUGAAAGCAAAUGCAAUGACAGAGGGAAGGAGAUCUGAUUUCUUUAAUCACUUGAAGGCAGCUGCUGACAGUCUCACAGCUUUAGCUUGGAUUGCUUACACUGGAAAAGAUUGCGGUAUGAGCAUGCCUAUUGCUCAUGUGGAAGAAAGCUGGCAAAUGGCUGAAUUUUACAGUAACAAGAUUCUUGUACAGUACAAAAGCAAAGACCCAGACCAUGUUGAAUGGGCCAAGGCUUUGAAGGAGCUAUAUUUACCAGGUUUGAGGGAUUAUGUUAAGAGUCAUUAUCCCCUGGGCCCAGUGUGGAGUACUGCUGCCAAAGCUACAACCUCUGCUCCAUCAAAAGCUCCUGCACUAAGCACUCCUGCUCCUCCACCUCCUCCACCAGCUUCUCUCUUCAGUACUGAAUCUUCUCAGCCUUCAUCAUCAAAGCCAAAAGAAGGGAUGGCUGCUGUUUUCCAAGAAAUUAGUUCUGGGAAGUCUGUGACUUCAGGUCUUAGAAAGGUCACAAAUGAUAUGAAGACAAAGAAUCGUGCUGAGAGAACUGGUGUUGUUGGUGCUAGUGAAAAAGAAGGCCGCACUAGUGCACCUUCUUUCUCCAAGACAGGGCCUCCAAAACUAGAGCUUCAAAUGGGUCGUAAGUGGGUUGUUGAGAAUCAAAUUGGAAAAAAGAAUUUAGUAAUUGAUGACUGUGAUGCAAAACAGUCUGUAUAUAUUUUUGGAUGCAAAGAUUCAGUUCUGCAGAUUCAAGGCAAAGUUAACAAUAUAACGAUUGACAAAUGCACUAAGAUGGGGGUUGUAUUCAUGGAUGUGGUGGCUGCUUGUGAGAUUGUGAAUUGCAAUGGUGUUGAGGUGCAAUGCCAGGGUUCUGCUCCCACAAUUUCAGUAGACAACACGGGAGGCUGCCAAUUAUAUUUAAGCAAAGAUUCUUUGGGGACUUCUAUUACUACUGCUAAAUCGAGCGAGAUCAAUGUACUGGUACCUGGUCCGGAGCCGGAUGGUGAUUUGGUGGAGCAUGCUUUGCCACAGCAGUUCAUUCAUGCAUUCAAGGAUGGCCAGUUUGAAACUACACCUGUCUCCCACUCUGGAGGGUAA